AGAUGUAAAGACAGAUAGGUAACAAACAUAGUUUAAUGAAAGUUGUGUUUUCAUCUGCAUUUGUUCAGUAAAGAGCAAGAUGAAGUCGAGAUGGGGCAGCUAAACGCAAACACCGAUGAAUGGGAGAUUGCAGUUGAUCGCCUGAACUUUCGCGAGCCCAUUGGCAGAGGGGCAUUUGGCUCUGUGUGGCGAGCGCUACUGGGUCGGUCCCGUGGCAGACGUGGAAAUCGUACAGUUGCUGCCAAGUGUUACCUGCCAAUCUCUGGAGAGCAAGGAAGGAAGGCCCUGCUGAGAGAGAUCGAGUUAUUAAAACUCUUUGGAAGGAUGGGGCAUGAGAAUGUUGUUAAGUUCAUUGGCUGUGUUACAGUUGGAGUUCAGCCAAUACUUAUCAUGGAGUACCUGUGGCGUGGUGACUUGCUGGGUUACCUCAGAAAAUCCAGGGGGGUAUUCGACCACUAUCAUCGUGGAGUCGGAGGAGUCGACCACUUGACAACAUAUGACAUGGUGCUGUUCGCUAAACAGAUCGCGCAUGGUAUGACUUUUCUCGCGUCUAGAGGGAUAAUUCAUCGCGAUCUUGCAGCUCGCAACAUCCUCCUCGAUGAGCAUCGUGUAUGCAAGUUGACUGAUUUUGGGCUCUCUUAUCAGGAUUUCAAAUACGGUACAGGAAAUGCUAAGAAGGGAUGUAUCCCAGUCAAAUGGAGUGCACCCGAGAUUCUCAUUGGCCAUGUGGAACGGCUGUCAACCAAAAGUGAUGUAUGGUCUUAUGGCAUAGUCCUGUUUGAAAUCUUCACAAUCGGAGGUAUUCCGUACGAAGGAUGGUCUGAAACCACGACAAUAAGAAAAAUCUAUCAAGGUUACCGUUUGCCAAAGCCUGGACAUCUAGACGACAGUUUGUAA